UACUUUGUUAUAAAGGCAUGCUGUCUUCUUAAAUCAGGGGAUAAAUUGUCUCCUCGAUUGCUGUUGUAACCAGUCAGAAAAUAAUAUUGUUUUAUUCUUGCAUUAUGGUUAACCGACUCACUGCUGGAAUUGGUGUGCAUCAGCAUUUGGGCAUGUGCCGGACCCCUAUGCCAUGUGCCCAGCUGACACGGUGUUCCCAGCGCUCCUGAGCUGCCCUGUGGCGCCUUCGCUGCAGGCACAGCUUCCCGACAAAGAUGCACCGGUGGACACGAGCCCGGUGUACGUCAAGGGGGAUCCGUUUGCCAAGACGAUGUACCAGGAUAGUGAAGUCGGGCCCAGGAAGCGGAGCCGUGAUGAGGAGGAUAUUAUACCUGUGGCAGAGCUCAACGAGGUCAUCAAGAACGUGGCGGAAACUGUUUUUGACGAGCAGCAUAGGAGUUUUGAGUACAUGGACAGGGACUGGCUUACAAAGGGUGAGUAUGAAACGUUGGAGUUCAGAAAGAAGGCUCACCCACCUCAGUUCUACGAAGUCAAGAAAUCAAAGCAUGGCGGACUUAAGCUCGGACCCCGACCUGGUAAAGCAACCAAACCGAGGAUUGGGAUCAAUGGUUUGGGGCGGAUCGGGAGACUUGUGGCCAGGCUUAUUUUACGCAGCAAGAACAUGGAACUAGUCGUCGUUAACGACCCUUUUCUGAGCGCAGAUGACAUUGCUAGAUCUCUAGAGGACAUGCCUCCUGAUUUAUUCCCUCCCACCAAAGUUCUAUCUAUUUCUGAGCCUGAAAAAAUACCCUGGGGCAAUCUCGGCGCAGACUACGUUGUGGAGAGCACUGGAAUAUUCACUGACACGGAUACUGCCAGCUCUCACUUGAUGGGUGGUGCCAAGAAGGUUAUCAUCUGUGCUCUGAGCAAUGAAGCUCCCACAUUUGUUUACGGUGUCAACGGAAAUAUUUACACGCCAGAUAUUAGCAUCAUCUCAAUAGCUGAUACCGCUACAAUUUGUCUUGCUCUGCUCGCCAAGAUCCUCCACACCAAAUUUGGCAUCAGAGAGUGCCAGGUGACUAUAACCGGACCAUCCUCUAGUGCUGCAGAAAUUGGCAGGGCACUCAGUUCCGCUAUUCCUGAUUUAGUCGACAGGUUCCAUGUGACGGUGAGCCAUGAUCCUCAGGUGAAACUGUCUUGUGUGGAACUGGCCGUUAGGCUUGACGAGUGUGCUGACUAUGAGAUGAUCAAGGAUUCUGUCAGGAUGGACAUUUUUAUCGGAAUUUCGUUAUUUUGUGUACCCCUGGUAAUGUGCAAUUCAGUCAAGUUGCUAGUAUCUCUGUUCCCAAGUACAUUUUCUACUGAAAGGUAUAUUUUAAAUGUCUGCUGGAACUGGUGUUUUCGACAAAGGAUCGGCAUGUUUUUUGAAACUUUGGAAGGAGUCUUCUUCAGAGGAACUUCACUAUGUACUAGCUAACCUGGAGGGAGGAGUGGGUCUCAAGGCCACAGAUUAUUUAGGAGAUUGCAGGUCGUGCUUGUUUGAUGCGGAUGCUGGAGCUAUGCUGGGGGACGGUUCCUUCAAGCUCUUCGCAUGGUUCAACCACCAGCGCAGCUACGGCCAGCGCUGCACUGACAUGAUUCUACACAUGGCGAAGAAGUCUAGAGUUGAUUGAGGAAGAGCUUCUACGACAGAAAUGGGAAGAGUUUAGAAACACAGCCCUCUGCACCCUUUGUUACACCUUGUAAAUACUGCUAUGUUCCUCUGCUUGUACUGACGAGGCAAAUGCUUAUCAGUGUUGAGUACUACACACAUGAGAAGAGACGGUGAAUGUUAGUCUCCUAGAUAGCUAAUCAGGCCAUGCCAUAGGUUGCCUGUUAUUUUGGCAAAUAUUGAGUGGAAGUCAGCAAUGUGGCUGGCUGUUUGUAUGAAUACAGAUGUGUGUAGUCUUUGUAAAUUCUUCCUCAUGAACUACAUCGGCUGUUGGUAGUGUGCUGACGGUUAAGGUGAAGUCAAUGUACAGUUUUGUUCA